AUGCAAGAUCUGGUGCACCAGAAGCUGUUGAAGCUGACAGAAAAACUGGUGGAGUCAGGAGAUAGUUUUGAUCUCCAAGACGUGCUUCUUCGGUUUACGUUUGAUAACAUUUGCACUGCAGCUUUUGGCGUUAAUCCUGGGUGCUUAGCCCUGGAUUUUCCUGACGUUCCCUUCGCAAAAGCUUUUGAAAAGGCAACAGAAUUAACUUUGUUCAGGUUCCUGAUUCCGCCUUUCAUUUGGAAGCCCAUGAGGUUCUUUGGAAUAGGAUAUGAGAAGGCAUUGAAGGAGGCAGUUGGCAUUGUACAUGACUUCGCUGAGAAGACAGUGAACGGUAGAAGGGAUGAGAUAAGCAAGCAUGGUAGGUUGUGUGAUCAAUCUGAUCUCUUGUCCAGGCUUAUUGAGAGUGGACAAGGCAAGAAGGUGCAAUUCCCAGAUAAGUAUUUCCGAGAUUUGUGUGUAAAUUUUAUCCUAGCAGGGCGCGACACCACUUCGGUGGCAUUGGCAUGGUUUUUCUGGUUAGUACACAGGAAUCCAGAAAAAGAAAACAGAAUUCUAUGGGAGAUCAAUGACAAUCUGUCCCUUCGCGAGACACAGACCAAAAAUGGCAUCAUUUUCACAAUGGAAGAAUUGAACAAGAUGAUGUAUCUCCAAGCAGCAUUACCCGAAUCCCUGAGGCUGUAUCCAUCUGUACCAACUGAAGUGAAAGAAGUUGUCGAAGAUGAUGUUCUGCCUGAUGUAUAG